AUGAAGUCUGAGGUCAGCUGGUCAGAUCAGGUGCCAGAGAGGGAAGACAAGCCCAAGAGCAACGCUAUUAACGACUUGUGCUUCAGCCCGGACGGUUCUAAGUUGAUCGUUGCGGUCGAAUGCCGAGUGCUUGUUUACGAUGCCGCGAAGGGAGAGCUCGUCAACUCUUUGCGGGGCCACAAGGAUACCGUUUUCACUGUCGACUACGCCAAGGACGGAAAGCACUUCGCCUCUGGAGGGGCUGACCACACGGUUAUCAUCUGGACUAGCAAGGCCGAGGGCGUCCUGAAGUACACACACAACGAGUCCAUCAUCCGCCUGGCCUAUUCCCCUGGCACGACAAAGCUGGCGUCGUGCACGCAGUUCGACUUCGGCCUUUGGCGCCAAGAGCAGAAAUCCGUCGUCAAGCACAAGGAAGACGGGGAGGUGCUCGCUCUGGGCUGUUGGGAUCAGACGCUCAGCUUUUACCUGCUCUCAGGGGAGCAGCACACGAAGGACCGCAAGCUCGGGUUCAACCCCUGCAGCAUAUCGUACCUCAACGGAGGGAGCUACAUCGCGAUCGGAGGGAGCAAUCGCAAGGCUACCCUCUGCACUAAGGCACGUUCUUCGAUCAUCAUCGUGUUUUUGCGCUACCAUAGAACAGAGAUCUGUUGUAAAGCAUCGGUGGACCCUCGUUGUGCGGUUGGCGUUGCUGGUGCAGGUCCCAAUUUCCCCCAGACCUUCGUUUUCGGUACAUGGCGUGCACAGCUCUCGCGUACGUAUCAACCCCCAAACCCCUGUCGACUUGGCAUCUACCGUGUUGGCCAGGAGGGGGUACGACUGGCCACAGUGUGUGAAACGGAGGCGUGGGUGUGGGCGCUGGCCGGGAGACCUGGCCACGACGAGCUCGUGGUCGGGUGCGACGGGGGCUCGAUCGGGAUGCACAAGCUGCAGUUUCAGCACGUCACAGCUAUCUACAAGGUGCGGGGAUGGGGCUCUCUCUUUGUCCUCGGACCUGGACGUGACUUCAAAAUGAGGUGCUUGGGAUUCCCGAAGGAAUGGGACUACGUGGAGCAGAUUGCAAUUUUCCGAGACAGACUGGCGGUCCGACUUCCGGACAAGGUGCAUGUGUACGAGCUCACUCAGCACGACGACAAGUACGACCUCCGCUACCGCCUCAAAGACAAGAUAUACCUCCCCUCUGCGGUACCUUCAUCGUCGUCGUCAGCACUGUCCUCCGCUUCAACCAUCUCCUCGCUAGCCGUGGCGUCCUCCAACCGAGGAAGCGAGAGCAAGGAGGACGCGGCAAGGCAUCAAGGAUUAUCGUCAUUGCAUAGCCAGCGCCUCUCGACCGGGAGCGUUGAUGGCUUGGGGGGAGCGUCGAGGGAUGCUGGAGGUGGGGGAGGUUCUUCGUUUUUGCUUGUUACCUGGAACAACGUUGUCCUCUGUGAGGGGAGAGUGCUGCAGCUGUUCGACUUCGCCGGCGCCAAGGCAAGCCAGACGUGUUGGUCAGAAGAAACUUGUUCUCUUUGUUCAUGCUUAUCUUCAAAGGGGGUGGUUCUGCCUCUGCGAGUUGGACACUUUUGA